AUGCUGAAAAACAUUAAAAUGCUUUUUGAUGCCCAAAACGAGUUCCCGAAGUCCACACUGACAUGGAGGCUUGCGGAGUUUUGGGGGAUCUUUGAGGCUAUUGCAAAUCUAACUUCUCCAGAAAUGGUGGAGGUGGUGAUUGGUUGUGCGGGUAAUCUUAUAGCUAAAAUUGGAGAAAAGCUGAUUGCUGAGACUCGCCGUCAUCUGGGAUACGUGCUUUACUACCACAACUAUGUUGAAAGUCUAAAGCAACAAGUGGAGAAGUUAAUGGUCAAAUCAGAAGGAAUCACGCUAGAAGUGGAAGAAGCAAGAAGAAACGGAGACGUUGUUGCACCUGAAGUUGAGCAGUGGUUUACAAGUGUGGAGGUAAUUUAUGAAGAGUCUAUGAGAUUCCUCGAAAUUGAAGUUCGAGAAAACAAGGGUAUCCUGAAUGGUUGGUUUCCAGACAUCAAAAAACGUUACAUCUUAAGCAAAAAGGCAAAGAGGAAGACUCAGAAGGCUGCAACACUAAAAGCUGAAGUAUUUCAUAAAAUAUCCUACCCAGCACCUCCGCUAGCAGUAGGAGACAGAUCUAUAGGAGAUUUUAGAAACUUUGAAUCAAGAAUACCAAUCAUAGAUCAGUUGAUGAAGUUGCUAAAGGAUGACACAAAACAAAUUAUUAGUAUAUGUGGUAUGGGAGGAUCAGGAAAGACAACAAUGGUGAAGGAAGUCGCCAGGCGUGUACAAGGGGAGAAAUUGUUUGAUGAGAUCACAAUGGCAGUGGUGUCCAAAGAACACAAUCUGAUGAAGGUUCAAGAAGAUCUAGCAAAAUGGUUGGGCUUAAGAUUUAAAGCCACGACUUUAGAAGGAAGGGCGAAUGAAUUAUGGAGACGGCUACUCCAAAGCAGGAAGGGAAAUCUUGUGAUACUUGAUGAUAUAUGGAAACACAUUGAUUUGAAGAAUAUUGGAAUUCCUUUCGGAAAAGAAUACAAAAAUUGCAAGGUAAUUUUGACGUCACGAAGCAAAGAUGCCUGCAAAGCAAUGGGAUGCGAAGAUGUUCUAUUACUUGAUAUAUUAACACCAUCAGAAGCAUGGAGUCUUCUGGGAGAGAUGGUUGGUGAUGAUCUGCAAGAUGAUCCUGAUCUCUGUGAAAUUGCGUCUGAAAUUGCAAAAAAGUGUGGUGGUUUACCUAUUGCGAUAGUAUGCCUCGGUAGGGCACUGAAGGACAAAAGGAAAGAAGUGUGGAAGGAUACAUUAUUAAAACUGCAGAGGUCUGUUGUACCAACAAAUAUUGAAGGUGUGAAGGAAGAUGUUUAUCAAUCUCUGCAAGCAAGUUAUGAUCUUUUGGAGGAUGAAGAAGCCAAGAAACUCUUCCUCUUAUGUUGUCUAUAUCCAGAAUAUGCAAAUGUCCCCCUUGAAGCAUUAGUACGUUGUGGAUUUGGGUUAGAGUUCUUUAAACACAUUGACUUUAUAAUACAAGCAAGAGAUAGAGUACACGCACUCACUGAUAAACUUAGAAGUCGUUUUCUAUUGUUAAGUGGAGAUAGGAAGUCUACUGUGAAGGUACACAAUGUUGUACGUGCUGUGGGUAUAUCAGUUGCAUCUAGAUUGGAACCAAACAUGGAACAAUUCAGUGCAGUGGUGAUGCAUGAGGACAAAUGGCCUAGAGGCAUGACCUAUGGACAAUACAAAGCCGUUUCAGUUGUGUCAAAUGAGAUAUCUGAGCUUCCUUCACGUGGAUUGAGUUUCCAAAAACUUGAACUUCUGCAACUUGCAUGCCCAAAGCUCUCUUUAGAGAAAUUGAAUACCAUGUUUGAGACGAUGAAGAAGGUGAGAGUUGUUGAAUUGUGGAAUUUGUCACUAUUAUCAUUCUCAUCAAUCCUCUCUUCUUUGCCAAGAGAUAUUUUCGCUCUGUCUAUGGACUGCAAAAUGGAAACUAUUGGAGAUAUUAAGACGGAGGAGUUUGUGAAUCUUGAAAUACUAAGCUUGGGAAAUUGUGAUAUUACAGAGUUGCCAAUGGAGAUAGGAAAAUUUGCUAAUUUGAGGCUGCUAGACAUGAGUGGUUGUCGUUGGCUUGAAAGGAUCUCACCUGGUGUCAUCUCAAACUUGUCUCAACUAGAAGAACUAGACACUGGAUCGAAGUGGUGGGGAGAUGAAGAAGAAGGUGAUACAAGCCUCACCGAGCUAGAAUCCUUGACUAAUUUGAAAUAUUUAGGGAUUCGCAUUAAAUCUUCAAAUUUCCUCCCUAAAAAAGGUCUUUUUGAAAAGCUACAAAGGUAUGUAAUUUCUGUAGGAGUUCAUCUUGAAAAAUCACGUUCCUUCAAUAAGAGGAUCUUAUUGCUGAAGCUUGAGAUUACAGAUAGACAUUUAGGUGGUGGCAUCGACAAGUUGUUGCGGAUGAACACUGAGAUUGUAUUCUUGACUGGAGAUGGUAUAAAAACUGCUCUGAAGGAGCUAGUUCCUUCUGGUUUUCAGCAAGUGAAGAAUUUAACCGUCGAAUGCUGCAACAGUGAAGGGACAGAGUAUCUUUCAGAUUCCAGUUAUACAUCAAAUAGUGCUGGUGUCUUUACUAAUUUGGAAAAACUGCGUAUGGAAAAAAUGUGGCAUUUAAGAGGAAUACUACGUCAUGAUGGCCAAGGGCUUCCAAUUAGAUCAUUUUCUAGAUUACGCAAGAUCCAUCUGUCUGUUUUACCUGUAAUUACCUAUCUGUUUACACAGUCAGUAGCAACAAACUUGGUGCAUCUGGAAAGCCUUCGCAUAGAAUAUUGUACAAAUAUGGAACAAGUCAUUUUCAACCCAAGGCCUUCGGCAUUGGCAAGUACCAUUGAAAAUAAGAUUGUGUUCCCGAAGUUAUCCGAACUAAUCCUCAACUAUGUAAGCCUCGCUUGUUUCUCCCAUGGUCUCAACCUGCAAGUUGAGUUUCCGCAGCUAACAGUUCUAAAGCUUGAAUAUUUACCGAAUUUCCAUACCUUUUGUCCUGAAGAGAUCAAUCCGGCUUCCAAGGGCAAUCUCAAAGGCACUAACUUCCAUUAUCUGGUUGACAAUAAGGUUGAAUUUUCAAGAUUGGCUGAAUUGACAAUCAGCAACAUUGACAAUAUUAAGGAAGUUUGGUGCGGUCACCUUCCUAAUCUAGUGCACCUACAAGGACUCUAUAUUCAAUUCUGUCACAUGAUGGAAGAAGUGAUUUCAAUCCAACGACAUUCCAUAACUACAAUGGGAGAAACGAUUGUGUUCCUUCAAUUAAAAGAAGUAAUCCUUUUUGGAUUGAAUAGGCUCACCUUUUUCUGCCAAGGGGUUGAGCAUGUUCAGUUUCCCCAAUUGAGAGUUUUACGACUUCGUUGGCUAACACAUUUCAGAACUUUCUGUCCUGAAGAGACUACUGCUCACACAUCCUCGGUCUUUAAUGACAAGGUCACUUUUCCUAGUCUGGAGACACUUGAAUUGUCUGAACUGGACAGUGUUGAGGAGUUAUGGUCCAGCCAACUUCCCACAAGUCAGUUUGGUAAACUAAAAUCUCUUAGAGUGGAGAAAUGUCACAAACUGAUCAACAUAUUUCCAUCAGAAUUGGAAACACUAUUUCCUAGUCUGGAAAAGUUAGAUGUGGAGAAGUGUGAUUCACUCGAACAGGUGUGGGGUUCCGAAGGGGUACAAAUCAGAAACUUGAAAAGUGUUUUUGUUAGCGAGUGUCCAAAAUUGAGAAAUCUGUGCUCUUUUUACACAUUCAAAGGUCUUCCAAAUCUUCAGAUUCUAGAUGUGUCCAGUUGCAAGAUGAUGGAGGAAGUAGUGGAAGAUGAGCACAAAAAUGAAAAAAUGAAAGAAGUUGUUUCUCUUGGCAAAUUGGAAGAAGUGAAGCUUGCAUUUCUGCCAAAUCUUAAUUACUUCUCUCACACUAAAUGUGACAUGGAAAUGGCAGAACUAACGCAGGUGAUCGUCAAGAACUGCCCAGAAAUGCAUACUUUCUCUGGAAGUUCGGUGACCACACCAAAACUAAAGUAUGCAGUGAUUGAUGAUGUCAAGAGCUGGCUGGGUGACCUAAACAGUACCGUGGGGGACUGGUAUUCUAGUUGGGAAUAUUAGUUUGUUUGCCUCAAUACCAACUUCUUUGGAAAGUAAAGAUGAUGCAAGAACGAA